AUUCCUCACCCUGAAAUGUACUGCCACUCUUCCUUCCUUCUUCGAUAAGAUAUUAGUAGCAGGAAUCAGACGCGUCUCGCGGAUCUUGGAAAACUUCAUCAACCAGUUCCUGUUUCUCCUCACGACGAUGCUGUUGAUUUAAGCUCAAGCUCCAUGUUCUGUCUAAAAUCAGGCAAUGUCACCGUUGUGUCCCAUAACUUACCUUAUGCAACUGCCUUGAACACGAGCAUUGGGUCAGCAGAGAUAGCAACAACUGGAGCAGGGUGUCUGGACACAGGGCAAUACGUGUACCAGAAAGGGACUGGGUUUGAUUCCUCGUUGGGAAACGGGCAGAGUUUUGAGAAUUGGGGAGACUCAGGGAUGGCAGAUAAUAGCCUACAGACGGACACCUCAACAGAUGUUAAUACUGAUGAUAAAAACCAGCUUCGUGGAGUUCCGCAUGGUGCAGUCAUGGUUGUGAAUUCUAUGGAUCAAUCCAAGGGAAGAACUAGUGACCAAAAGACCCUUCGAAGGCUGGCUCAGAAUCGUGAAGCUGCAAGGAGGGGUCGACUUAGGAAGAAAGGAUUUUUUUAUUGCAUCUGGAUUUUGUGGGGAUCAUGGCCGCCAUUCAAUGGAUGGAAAUGGCGUUAUAUUGCAACCUAAAACCCCCUAUCAAUAACAUGAUCUGGGAAGAAUCAAAUUUAGCUAUCUGCAAUACUCCACUGGCUUGUGUAUCGUCUCCUCACGUUAUUCACUCCACCUGCAAUCCAAAUAAAAUCAUUUGUUGAGAAAAUUAAAUACUUUGAAACAGGUUCACCUGUUUAGAGAAUCAUGUGAAGCGCAUACCACGCCUGUAUCUUCUAGAUUUCACAAUUUGAGGGAUGAAUACCCCAGUUCCAUUGCCAUUAGAUCUCCAUAAGUUCUCAGGCCAAGUUGGUACCAAAUCAGUUUUCUGCCUCUCCCACCAGUUGAAGUAGCUUCCUGGCUGUAAUGUUGUAGGAAAACUGUUGGUUAAGCUGUUCGAGUCCUGUUUCCUUUGAAUAUCAACCAACCUGGAAUGGUUUGUAACAUCAACUUCUUCGUCGUCAUCGGCGGUCAAAAGCAAAAUCUGCUUCUUAAGCUCCGCAUAGUAAACAUCGCUGUACUCGACACCUUCGAAUUCAAGAUUAGGGUCUGUUCCCAUUUGCCUUUCAGAUCGAGUAUGACUGCUACAAUGAAACUCCAUGGAAAGGUUUGAGUUGAAGAUUAGGGAUGGGAUGUUGUGAUGGAAAACCUGGGUGGGGUUUAUAUAAAGGAAUCGGUAAGUAAGUUCUUAGAUUGAGGUCAGGUCCACGUUUGAAUGAAAUGUUUCCAAAUGGACUCAAAUAGUCCAGGGACAUGGAAUAUCUCCGUUUUCUGUACGUUAAUGGAUGUCUUGUUCUGUUGGUUCUUGAUUACGGCUCCGUUAACAUUUUUCUUUUCUUUCCUUUUUGAUGAAGAUUCUCCAUUAAAUAACUAA